AUGGUUGCUGGAAGGAGUGAUGAUGCCAUUGUUGAUGCAUUGAGGAUGUUGGUUGGAUCUCUUGGUCAGAUUCCUCAAGUGAAUGUCGGUAAUCGGAAUGGUGAUGAUGAUGAGUAUCGUGCUUUGGGGAAAUUCCAGAGGAAGAAUUCUCCUAUCUUUGAGGGAGAGCAUGAACCUGAUAAGGCGCAAGCUUGGGUGAAGGCGAUUGAGAAGAUCUUUCGGGUUAUGAAUUAUACCGAUGCGCAGAGAGUGCAAUUUAGUACUCACAUGCUUGAGAAAGAAGCUAAGGAUUGGUGGGGUAAUACUGCUCAGAGAUUUGAAGAAGAGGGGAAUGGAACUUUGGUGGAGUAUGCUGCAAAAUUUCAAGAGUUGAUCAAGUAUUGUCCUCAUUACAAUACUAUGAAUGCUGAGAGGUUGAAGUGUUUGAAAUUUGUGAACGGUUUGAGGCAAGACAUUAAGAAGGCUAUUGGUUACCAACAGAUUACUUGUUUUGCGGAGUUGGUUAACAAUAUUCGGAUUUAUAAUGAGGAUAGUAGGGAGAGUGCUUCUCACUAUAAUGCUUUGAAUGAUAAGAAAGGUCAAUACCGUAGGAAACCGUAUGAUGAUAAGAAGAAGAAAGCUGUUUAUGACGGAAAGUCAAGUGGGGGAGGGACUGGUGCUUCAGUUAAGUGUUUCAAUUGUGGUGUUGAGGGAAAUCAUGUUGUUGAUUGUCCCAAGGGUGGGGUGACAUGUUUCAAGUGUGGCAAGGUUGGUUACAAGGCAAAAAAGUGUGGAGUUGGUUCAAGUGUGACUUGUUACAACUAUGUUAAUGUGAGAGUGCUUUAUAACGACGUUAAAUCAACCUUAUUAAUAGUGCAUCACUCAUCAUAG